CCCGGCCCGGGGGCGGGGGCCGGGGUCCCGGUGCCAAUGAGUCCCGCGCGGCCGGGCGCAGCCAUGAACGCGGGCGGCUGCCCGGCCUUCCCCGGCGCCGUGCAGUUUCCAGGAGGUACCACCGUCUUAGUGGAGCUCACCCCGGAUAUUCACAUCUGCGGGAUCUGCAAGCAGCAGUUCAACAACCUCGAUGCCUUUGUCGCUCACAAGCAAAGCGGCUGCCAGCUGAGCGGCGCGGCGGCUGGCGCCACGAGCACCGUCCAGUUUGUGUCCGAAGAAACGGUGCCGGCGACGCAGACGCAAACCACGACCCGGACGAUCACCUCGGAGACCCAGACCAUCACAGUUUCAGCUCCGGAGUUUGUUUUUGAGCAUGGCUACCAGACAUAUCUGCCCAGUGAGAGCAGUGAGCCUCAGACUGCUGCUAUUGUCUCCCCACCACCAAAAUCUCGUUCUAGAAAACCCACUGCUUCACUUGCCCAAAAGAAACUGAACUGUUGCUAUUCAGGUUGCCAGUUUAAGACAUCAUAUGGCAUGAAAGAUAUGGAACGCCAUUUAAGAACGCACACAGGAGACAAGCCUCAUAAAUGUGAAGUUUGCAGCAAGUGCUUCAGUCGCAAAGAUAAGCUGAAAAUGCACAUGCGUUCCCAUACUGGGGUGAAACCUUACAAGUGUAAGCACUGUGACUAUGCAGCUGCUGACAGCAGCAGUCUCAACAAGCACCAGCGCAUCCACUCAAAUGAGCGUCCAUUUAAAUGCCAGAUCUGCCCUUAUGCAAGCCGCAACUCUAGCCAGCUUACUGUACAUCUCCGGUCCCAUACUGGAGAUGCCCCCUUUCAGUGUCAGAUGUGUCCUGCUAAAUUUAAAAUCAACUCAGACUUGAAGAGGCACAUGCGUGUACACUCUGGGGAGAAGCCUUACAAGUGUGAGUUCUGUGACGUCCGCUGUGCCAUGAAAGGGAACUUGAAAUCGCAUAUCCGCAUCAAGCAUAGCAUGGAGAAUACCCUCAAGUGUCCAGAGUGUGAAUUCCAGUGUGGAAACAAAACAAGCCUUCGGCACCACAUCCGAACCCAUCAACCUGAGCAACCAGUGAAGUGUUCAGAGUGCAACUACUCUUGUUCCAGCAAAGCAGCUCUCAAGGUACAUCAGAGAAUUCAUUGCAAGGACCGCCCUUUCAAAUGUGACUUCUGCAGCUUUGAUACAAAACAGCGGAGCAAUCUGACUACACAUGUGAAGAAAGCUCAUGGGGACAAAGUCAAGGCCAAGAAGCAAAUCUCAGAGAAGAAAGAGGGAGAUAAGACAAAGCAGAGCACCUCCAGGCAAGUAGCCAGGUUAGAUGCCAAGAAGGCAUUUAAAUGUGACCUGUGUGAAGCUUCCUUUGUCCGAGAAGAUUCUCUCAGGAGCCAUAAGAAACAGCACAGCAUGUAUAAUGGGACUAAAAAUAAUGAACUGGCUGUUUUGCAGCUCCAGAUGGAUCCUAGUAGGCAAACCAGUGCCCCUAUUACUGUCAGUCACCUACAGGUUCCACUUCAGGCUGCCCAGGUCUCUCCAUACAGUGAGGGAAGGGUCAAGAUUAUUGUGGGCCAUCAAAUGCCUCAGGCAAAUAGUAUUAUUCAGUCUGCGUCGGUAAAUGUGGUGCCUUCCGCAUUGGUUAGCCAGAAUCAGGAAGACCUCUCUGCCAAUAGCCGGUUACAGCUACUGGGCCAAGUCAGUUUGCUGGCACCUCCUCCCCCACCAGUGUCUCAGGGUGAAACUGGGUCAGUGGCACAGCCAGCAGUUCUUCUCACAGCCCAUGACCAAAGUGAUGACAGUGCUCUACACCAGACACUGAUUCCUGCUGCUCCAGUCAGUGGUCAUGAGGCUUCAGCAAACCAGGCUUUCAUCACCAGUUCUGGCAUCAGCUGUUCUGACCUGGAAGGUCUCAAUGCUCUGAUUCAGGAAGGAGCAACAGAAGUGACUGUGGUUAGUGAUGGGGGUCAAAGUAUCACUGUAUCUACUUCAGCUCCUCCACCUCCUAUCUUUUCCUCGUCCUCUCACACAGACACACCAAAGCAAACCUACUCCAUCAUUCAAAAUGGAGCCCAUACAGCUUUACUGUGUCCUGCAGACUCCAUACCAGAUUAGAUUUAAAAAAAAAUUCCUUCCAGAUAUUCUUGCCAGAUCAAAUUCAGCCCUAAGAACUGUGCCCCAUAAAGUCUCGUUGAAGCCGUUGGACCAGUUUGCACAUGAAGUCAUACAAGUACAGUAGCCUUGCACAUGCCAAAAAAGUUUGUGCGUAAUUAAGUGCAGAGGAAAUUAGAGGCUGUGAUCUCUGAAAAAUUGUCCCUGAUUAUUGAUAGACCUAUUUAAAGUUUAAUUAAUUUUCCAGAGCAGAUUUUUUCUUGUACAACGUUUAACUUUAUUUAAAUAGAACAAUAAAUGUUUUCCAUCAAAUGCAAAGAGCACCUUACCUUAUGAUAUAAUUUACCUUCAUGAUUAAGUUACUCAUUCUUUUCAUGUGAAAAGAAAGGCAGAAGCAACCAACACCAUUUGGGACAUAGUUUUCAAAUGGAACCAGUUUGAAGUCACUACGCUCGUUGUGGGUGUUUUGUUGCAUAGCUCACUGACCUCACAUAGAAGGAGCUAGCUUCAGUCUGUGCAUCACUAGGUAUAGAAUACAAUCGAGCAAAGCAUUUAAGUACACGCUAGUCCCGUUGAUUUCAGUGGAAGUAAUCAUACAUGUAACUUGAAUGUAUGUUGACUUUUGCUGGAUUAGGGGAGUAAAGAAUACUACCAUUGUGGUUUACCUCGCUGGUAUUUUCCAUCUCUCGCACAGCAAAAAACAGUGGUUAUUCUGCUUUUUGUUAGGUACCACAAUAAACAGCCAUUCACAAUUUUUUAUUAAUUCUCACACAAUACAAAUUGCUACAAUUGCUAGGCAUAAGUCAUGUUGGUCUGAUCUACUGUUGACAUGCUGCUGGUUGCAUAAAACGUAAUCAUUCAACAUCAAAAAUAAUUUUGGCUCCAGUCCCAUUGAACCUUAUGCAUGUGUUUAAGUCGACUCUUGAAUUGCUUGCAAGACUUGGGCCUCAAUUUGUAACUGUGAAUUUAUUUAUUUCAAAUGUGACUUUGGAACAGAGAGAAAAAAACAGGAUGAAUUGUUAAAAAAGCUGGAGCUCAAUUAUCAGUCAUCCAGUACCCUGUGGCUUUCAUUGUCCUAUAUCCAGAUUUUUCUAAACUGCUCAUGCAUACUGAGCUCAUUUAAAAAAUUCUGGCCACUUAUUUGGAAACCUGCAUACCUUUGAAUGCCUGGCAUGUAGAUGCAAAAUGGAAUAUUUAAAAAAAAAAUUGGGAUUGAUCUAGAACCCAUUGAACAUGAAAGGAUCACCAUUGACUUCGGUAAGCUCUGAACUGGGCUCUGGGCCCACUUCUGAGCCCAACUUUCUGAACAAUAAAUCUCUGAAGUGUCAGACCUGUUCAUAUCAUAAUGGCAUCCCUUUGUAUGUGUACAAAAAGGUGACACACCUAAAAAACUAAUGUAUUUUCCAAGUCCCUGCUGUUAUGAUAAUUUGGCACAGGGCCAGUAGCCAGUUCUGACUGAUACAGCAUUUUCUGGGAAUUAAUGAAGUGGCUUUAGGAUUUUGUCCAGUGGUGCAUUCAGAGUAAUCGCUACUGGACCAAUUGAUUGAAGUCAGAGUUGUCAGUGCUUAGCACCUUACUGGAGUAAGUUGCACAGGAAUGUAUUAAGAGGUACUUCUUUAAAAGAAUAAUAAUACGGUAAAAUCGUUGUUAUCCAGCAUCCCCGGGGCAAGGGGAUUGCCAGUUAUGUAAAAAUUCCAGUUAUCUGAAAUAACCCGGCAGGGUGGCAGCCGCACAUGGAGUAGCGGCAGUGGUGGGGGGCAACUGCGGGCACUGUGUGAGCUUUCCCCCGCCCCCUCUCCGCAGCUGGCUAGCCAGCUGGAAAUCCCAGUUAAUAGAAUUUCUGGUUACUUAAAUGCUGAAUAACAAAGAUUUUACUGUAAUAUUAAGUCUACAUCAGCAAUGACUUACCAUUGUGUCGUAACAGAACUUUUAUUCAAAUCAUGUAUGCAACACAGUGAUCUGUAUCAGAAUGCUCCUUGUUUAAAAAAAUACAAAUAUAUUUUUCCAAAUAUA